GCCUGUUGCAAGUCAGACUGGACAGACCAGUCAGUGACAUACAUCCUCCACUGUCCUGUCACGUUCCCUGCUCUGCAGCAGGUGUAUAAGAUGCCACGCUGCCCUGCAAAUCCAUCACUCAACUAAACUCUGCUCCAUCUUCCUCACAGGACGCUCAGAAGCUGAAGUCAUGUCUGUGACAACAGUCGUGGGCCAGCCAAGGCCCUACAUCAUGACUACUGUAAACAACGAAUGGAACUCUGGCAUUUGCGAUUGCUUCCAAGAUCUGCCCCAGUGUUGCCUCUCCUUUUGGUGUCCUUGCUGCUUCGCCUGUAAGACAUCAUACGAGGCCGGGGAGUGUGUAUGUUUACCUCUGCUGGAUGGUUGCGGAAUGAUCCCUCCUAUAACCACAGCCAUCAGGGUGUCUAUACGGCAACGAUAUGGAAUUGAGGGUACAAUCUGCAAAGACUGUGCGUACGCCUGCUGCUGCGGGCCCUGUACCUGGUGUCAAGUAGCGAGAGAAAUCAAAACAAGGACAAAUCCCAUUACCUUCGUCAACUUGUCAACCUGAUGAGAACAAAGAUUACAUUUACAAUGGUGCGUCAUCGUUAUUAACGUGAACGUCAUCGCCAUCAUCACAAACUUUUGAACUUCUCCUUUCCACCGCUGUCAGUUCUUUCACGCUAUUUAGAAUAAAAGAGAGUAUUUUU